GCCAUUUUGGUUUGUUGGUUCUGGGGUUUGGCCUACGAGUGGCUUGUGUGUUCGUGGUGCAUUUCCCAUGAAGCCGAGUUGUUGUGAACAUCUCUUCACGACCAGCCAGUGUGGAUCGAGCAAGGCUUGACACAAAGGAUCCACAAACAAGAAAGGGAACUCCAGCAGCAGCAGCGCGCGGACGAGACGCACAAGCAAACUCACGCGGCGACGACCCGCUUGCUAUUCCGACGCUUGCUGAAAGCGGCAACCAUGCAGCCUCGCAGACAAACACCACCGGCGGCUGCAAUCCUGGCAGUUGGUCUGGUGACCGUGCUUGUGGCAGUGGUAUCGCUGCCAUCGGCGUUUGCGUAUCCGUCUGGCGCCGGCGCUGGCGCGUGCACGUAUGGGCGACCAGGCGGUGGUUCGGGCUCGUCCACGUCGCACGGCACAUUGCAAAGCGGCAACGGUGGCUUCUCCCUCAGCUUUUCUCCAUCCGUCAGUGGCGGGUACACGCCCAACCAGCAGUACACAGUGACGGUGAGCGGGUCCAUCUCGUUUGCCGGCUUUCUGGUCCGGGUGCAGGAAGGAACGCUGACCGCUGGUGCGCGCAACCGCCUCACGUGCUCCAACGAAGCAGUCACGCACUCGGAGCAGCUCGGCGUGACCAGCAUCUCCUUCUCGUGGCAGGCGCCCGCGGCCGGUGAUGUGGACUUUCGCACGACGACGCUGGACCAGAUGAGCCGGAACAGCGGACGGUUUUGGAUCUUCAACACCGUCAUCUCGCCAUCAGCAUCGGCAACCACGGGAACCACCACCACGACAACGACAACAACGACAACGACAACAACAAACACCUGCUCCGGCCUCUCUGCAGACUGUGCUGCCCUGAACAGAACCGCAUGCGAGUACGCGAGUGUUCCCGACACGUGUGGCCCCUGCUUAGACGGCUUUUACGAAAUUAAUGGCAAUCGCACAAGCAAGAACACCGACUCCUGCAGACCGUGUGACAGCGCGUGCGAGACGUGCGAGGACGCGACGCGCGCGUGUACGGUGUGCAAGACCGGGUUUGAGAAGUCCCCGCUCCUCUGCCUCCCAAUUUCUGACAAGGACUUUAGUCUUGGCAGUUCGCUCACGACGGCUGGCUGCACCUUUGACUGCCCCGUGGAGGCGCGCUGGGGUCGCGAAGGAGCGCGUAUGCACUUUGAGCUGAUCAUUCGCGGGCGCUCGGAUGUGACUUGGGCCGGCAUCGCCUUCUCCACAACGCCGCAGAUGCCCAACUCUGAUGUGUUGACAGCGCACAUUGACGCUGAGGGCCGCGUCUCUGUCGUCAACCGUUGGGCAUCCCAAUACGCACGGCCGCCAGCAGAUGCGGACCAGAGCGGUAUUGAUGGCAUUGCCGGUGCCGUGAACAGCACGACCUUCCACGUGGAGUUUUCGCGCCAGCUGGAGCCCAUCAACAGCAACGACGCCGACUUCACUUCAAGCGAGAACACGUAUUACGUGUUGGUCGCGUUUGGUUCCGGUGAUUUUGCGAUGCAUGCACCCACCGGCCAGGCAGCUUCUCCCAUUAUUUCAGCGAGUACCAUUGAUCUGAGGAGCACUGGCACGGUCACGACGACCAACCCAACCAACGCCCGCACAGCCACAAUUGUCCACGGGUUGUUGAUGGUGGCGGCGUGGAUUCUUCUCUCCCCGUCAGCCAUAUUCAUUGCCCACAACAUCAAGUUUGUUGGGCCCGCAUGGUUUUCGUUGCACAAGUACAUGCAGCUUGGGGCAAUCAUGCUGACGACGGCUGGGUUUGUGAUCAUCUUUGAGGAUCUUGGUGAAUUUCAGUAUGGAACACACGAGGUCUUGGGCGUUCUUGUGUUCAGCUUCUGCCUCUUUCAGGGCCUGCUUGGAUUCACCCGCAACAUCAUCAGCGGAAAGCCAGAGGACUCAAAGGACCCCGAUGAUCACGGGCCAAGGCGGUGGCUGUUCAACUACCUGCACUGGACCUUUGGCGCUGUCACCAGCAUCCUUGCCAUUGUCACUAUUGGUUAUGGUCUCGACAAGCUUGGCACCGAAUCGUCUGCGUUCAUCGUGCUGUACGUGUGGCUGGCCAUUGACGGCACGGCUGCGUUUGUGUCUGCUGUCCUCAAGUCCCUGGACUUGCACAUGGACAACGCCCUGCUUGUCACCACGGCGUUUUUUGUUGCCGUGAGCACGGGUGCUGCCGUUACACUGGGCAUCCUCAUUGAGCGCACUCCGGAGUUCAAGUAGUCUGCGAGCCGUUUGAAGUUUGUGUGUGUGUGUGUGCGUGUGUGUGUGUGUGUGUGUGUGU